GCAGCGGCGACAGCCAUCGACUGAUUGCAAGGUGCCAUAUCUGGCUUAUCCACUUACUCUCUGAAUAUUCCACAUGCCAUCCCCACCGAUUCAAGUCUUCCUCACCACUAUCGCUUCUCAACCCGCACUGAGACAGAAGCAGGAGUAUCUGCUAAGGAUCCUCCAGGUGAAGAAGAUACCCUUCAAAUCAUACGAUUUAGCGUCAGACGAGGACGCCAAGAGGCUAUGGAGGCGCAAGGCUCCUACUGAUAAGCAACAGCUUCCUGGGAUCUUGGUCGGCGGUAAAUUUCCUGGGACUAUCUCUGAUUUCGAAGAAGCUGUGGAGUUUGACGAACUCAACACCUUCCUGCGAUUGAACGAAUCCUACGAUCCCUCCGUCGAAGAAGAUCGGCCAUUGCUAGAGGAGAAAGUUAUCGGGGUCCCCGGCGUCUCACCGAACGCCUCUCCCCUUGGAAAAGCACGUUCCUCCGCUCCCUCGCCAUCUCCCUCUCCUCUUCAUGGAAAGGUGAAUAUACCCUCUACUCCCAAAACGCCCCUCCCGCCCAACGCACCCCCUCCGACUCCGGUCAACCGCCGCGACGAAGUAGACGUGGGGUCCGAGCUCGUUGGAUUCGGACUUCAGGGUGUUAAGGUUACUGACGAUGAACUCCGACAAUUGGUAGAGGAGCUUGGCUUAGGGGAGGAUGAAGCUGGGGACUUGGUCAAAGGCCUAGGUUUCUCUGAGACGAUCCCGGAAGAGCCGGAGCAUAAUAACUUGGCGAACGCUACAGUUCCAGACAAUACACAUCAGGACACCAAGGAGUAGUAGUCUACGGCGAAUGCGCCGGGAUCACACUUUGUAUCGGGUGGGCUCAUGCUACUGACGGAUACGGUGUGCAUCGAAGUCCAUGGACAUAUGUAUGCAUAGGGCGGAAUCAAUGAUGAGUGAGC